AUGAGGAGCGUAAAAGUUUUGGUAACUCACAUAAGUGAAGGUGAAGCCGAUGAGGCCAUCAAAAAAGUUAAGAAAGUGAAUGAAAAGUCCGGCCCUUUCGACCUAAUCAUUGUAUUCAGCAAGUCAUGUGAUAAAAUUACGAAACUAGACACUGGAAGUUUGCCUCAAUUGCUAUUGGUAUCGUCGGAUGACAAAGAUAAUAAUUCAAAGGCAAAGGAAACCGGUGAAAACGUAACCGUACUGUGUAACUUCGGUACCUACAAAUUAGCCAACGGUAUCACGAUUUCCUACCUUGCUCAUCCAAGUAAGGUACUUCAAGAACAAAAAGAUGCCAUCCUGGAUAAAUUUAGCAAGAUGGAUAGCCGGGUGGACGUUCUCAUCACGGAAGAAUGGGGUCUCCCGAUUUCCGAGAGGUGCGGAAGAUUGUCUGGAAGUGAAAUUAUCGAUGAAUUAGCAAAAAAGUUGCAAGCAAGGUAUCAUUUUGCUUUCUCUGAUGAAAAAAACUUCUACGAAUUGGAACCUUUUAAGUGGGAAAGCAACCGUCUAUCUAGAUUUCUCAACAUUCCUAACUAUAGAUCUGGGAAUAAAUGGGCCUACGCAUUCAACAUGCCGGCGGGAGACAGUAAAGACGAAGAGGAAGUAGAGCCUCCUAAUCUAAUAGCUAAUCCCUACCAAAAGGUAGGUAAAGACAGCAAUAAAAGACCAUUAGAGUCAGGAACAGAGGAUAUGAUUGAUUAUGACUCCAAGUCAUGUGGAAGUGAAAACAGAAAUGAUAACAAGAAAAUGCGAACGAUACUACCGUCCAAUUGUCAUUUCUGCUUUUCGAAUCCAAACCUUGAAGAUCACAUGAUAAUUUCAAUUGGUAAAUUAGUAUAUUUAACCACAGCCAAGGGUCCUUUAAGUGUACCAAAAGGUGACAUGGAUAUGUCAGGCCAUUGUCUUAUUAUCCCAAUCGAACACAUUCCAAGAUUGGGUCCAAGUAAGAGCGAAGAGCUUGCAGAGAGUAUUUUGGCUUAUGAGUCCAGCCUUAUGAAGAUGAACUAUGUAAGAUUUGAUAUGUGCACAGUUGUCUUCGAGAUACAAUCUGAUCGCUCCAUUCAUUUCCAUAAACAGGUUGUGCCAAUUCCUAAAUACCUUGUUUUGAAAUUUCGCGCUGCUUUAGAUAGACAAGUUCAUUUCAAUAACGAAAAGUUCACAAGAAAUGCCAAGCUAGAAUUUCAAUGCUACGACUCUCACACUUCCAAAGAAUACCUGGACGUAAUUAACAAUCAAUCCAACAACUAUCUCCAAUUCACCGUCUACGAAACUCCCGAAUCACAACCCAAAAUAUAUUUGGCCACUUUCAAUGUCGAUGAAACAAUAGACUUGCAGUUUGGACGACGCGUUCUAGCUUUUUUACUAAACUUACCACGUAGAGUAAAAUGGAAUUCUUCAACUUGUUUACAAAACAAGCAACAAGAGUCCGUAGAAACGGAAAAGUUUUUGAAAGCUUACAAAGACUAUGAUGUUUCCCUCAAAGAAAACUAA